UCCGCGAUUCAAGUAGCAGCGGACGACAGGCGGACGGGACACGGAGACGACGCGGACGACAGGCGGACGGGACACGGAGACGACGCGGACGACAGGCGGACAGGACACGGAGACGACACGAGGAGGUGGAGACGCGGAGACAGAGGUGGUGGUGGUGGUGGGGGGGUAACAGAGGGCGAACAACAGCACCGUGCAGUGGAAGACGGGAAGGAGAUCGGCAGGAGAAGGAGCGCAUACCAGUCGGGAACAACAACACCCUGCGCAGCGACGUAGAAAGGCGCCGGGUAAGAAGCGCUUCGUGGUGGAGCAGUCGCACGUUCUCCGCUUCUUACAGAGGAUUACAUCUGAGCCGUGUCACACAUCCGAUGAUGCCACUCGCCAUCAGAUCCACUGAAUAAAACAACGCAACAAACCAGUGAGAAGGAAAGCACUAAAAAUAUACAACUAAAAUCAUGCCUGUCGCCGCAUUCCUCCUGCUGGCAACACUAGCGCAUCUUCCUCCAGCGCUGCUGCUUCGCGACGGCCACUCGUGCGAGGACCACCGAUGCUACUCCGUGCACCUCUCCGCGCGUCCGCUGACCCUACGGGAGGCUUGGGGCCAUUGCCACAGGAUGACUCGUGGACGGGGAUACUUGGCGACGGUGCGCAGCCCCGCCGAAGCACGGCAGCUCAGGUCCCUGCUCGACACGGUCGCUCCAGACUCCCCCACCGAGCUGUGGCUGGGCCUGCGGAGGGACCGGCGGGCAUGUGAGGAGCUCCCUGGUGUGGGGGGGCCACUGCGGGGAUUCGUCUGGACCAUGGGAGAAGGAGCUGAGGGGGGUGCCGGCGCCGGUGAUGGAACCUAUGCAGCGUGGCAGCAGAAUGAACCAGCGCUGAGCUGCUCACUCGCACACUGCGCCACCUUGUCACGCGCGGGCAAGGGGGAAGCGCGGGCGGCCGUCGUGGAGUGGAGGCCGCGCUACUGCGCCGACGCAACGGGUGUGCGGGGCGUCGCGUGCCGCUGGGCACAGGAGGGAAACGGCGGAGAGCGGCGGAGGGCCGGCGGCCGUGGAGAGUGGGAGGGAGAACAAGGAGAGGGGGGAUGGGUAGAGGGAGCUGGGCGAGAGGGAGAGCGACUCAGAAGGGACGCAAAUGCUUGCCAGCCGGGCUACGCAUUCAAUGCUGUCUCCAACGAUUGUGAGGACGUGGACGAGUGCGAUGACUUUCAUGUGUGCGAGAAUGGGCUGUGCGACAACGCGGAGGGCUCCUUCACGUGCGACUGCUUUCCAGGCUAUUCCAAGGUGAAUGACACGGCGUGCGAGGAUGUGGAUGAGUGCCAGGAGGACCACUUGUGCAACCAGUGGGAAUGCAUCAACAGGAGCGGCUCCUACGAGUGCAGCUGCCCCGCCGGGUACAAGCAGCACGCCAAUGGCCUCAACUGCAUCGACGUGGACGAAUGCUCGGACAGGAGUCGGGGCGGAUGCGCGCACGCUUGCGUCAACUUGGAAGGUAGCUACGCGUGCGAGUGCAAGUCCGGUUACGAGCUGGGGCCGGACGGGAAGUCGUGCUCGGAAAAUCCAGCUGUCGUGGUCACCAGUUUGGAGUCGACAACGACGACGACGAUGGCGAUGACGACGACGACGAUGAUGAUGACGUCGAACGAGAUGGCUCUGCUCGCCAAUGCUCAACCAUCGCCGGGUGCUCUGUCGAAGGGUCCUGCGACUGGCCCGCUUUUGUGGCUGCUGCUGGGCACAGUGUCACUGGCGGCGUGCGCGAUGGCCGGCAUCCUGCUCUACCGCCGCUACUACCGUGGCAGCCGGCGGCAGAACAAGGCGGCCAAAGAUGGCACCAGCGUCGCGGACGGUUCUGUGCGCGGCCAAGACUUGGGGCCGGAAUCGCGACCACUUGCUGCGAUGGAAGUGUCGCUGUGAUGCGAACGGCGGCCGACGAUAAGCCUCUUUUUUUUGGGCGCAAGUAGGAAAAAUAUACGGAUAGGCCGGGACAAAUUGUCAGACGUACCGCGAAUUGUAAUGUAGGGUGUUAGCUGCGAGGAGGCUGGGAGAUCACAGUUAAAGUUUGUGGGUUUUCUCCGGUUUCUCCAAUUUGCUGCCACAAGAAGCCAAGCACGAGUUGGCCAAAUGUAUUGUAUCGUGGACCUUAGAUUGGCAUUUGCUCACAUAUCAGUAUAUAGCUGUCGUUUUUGAAUCUCACAAGCAGUGAGGCUGUUCAUCAGUUUUAUGAAAGUAAGACUUAGUGCCUUUGUAUGUAUGUAUGUAAGUUGAACUUCUUUCGCACUGUACGUAGCCAACCGUGAUAAUCGGAGGUCAUUGACCAAAUCGCUCGUAAUGCGCCCAACCUCGCCAGAUCUCCAAAACUGAACAGGAUUGAGGUUGAAAAGUGCAUGGAUGGGUGACCACCGUGCAUAAAAACUGGUGUUGUCUGCUGCUGUGGGGCGACGUUGUUAGCAGAGGGAAGUGCAGCAAAAUCAGUUGUUGUACCCUACUUCUAUGUGCCCUGCCUUCACGAACACACACACUGAACAGCCUGGUAUAUUAACCCCCAUGACCAGCACGGCAUGGGGAGGCCUUCAUACAGCAAUGGAUUGACAAGAGGGCUGCACGUGUACACAAGUACAUGACUUCAGAAUCAGAAUAUGUAUUUAGACUGUAGGAAUCAAAUUAGCUCUGUUUCACAGAUGUCCAGUUAGGGCGGAUCAACAAGACUUGAAAGUGACCCCAAUGUAGAGAAUGUUGCAUAAUUUGGCUAACCCGUAAACUGUUGAAAGUCCCCUGUGUAUCGUUGCUUCAACAAGAACAUGCAAAUCUUCAAAUGCCCAUAUCUGUGUUUCCGCCCAAAUCAUUGGGAAAUGUGGCCAAUGCCGUCAGAUCUCACAAAGCUAAGCAAAAAUUAGCCUGGACAGUGUUUUAAUGGGUGACCACCAUGCACACCAGGUCACCCACUGGGAACUAGGGCUGAACGAUUAAUCGAUUUCAAAUCGAAAUCGCAAUUUGAAACAAUGCGAUUAGCAAAUUGAAAAGGCUGCAAUUUUUUGCGAUUUGAAAAGUAAUUUCUUAUUGGAAUUUUUUAUUUUUUAUUAUUAUAACUUUAUUUAUUUAAAUUAACACUUGUUCUAUGUUUGAUUGUUCUAUUUCAAUUCAAACAUUUUAAUAAAUAUAUGUUGGAAGCAAUUCAUAUCUUUUAAGUUCUCAUCCCUGCAUUGAAAUAUAUAGAGCUGUUCAUAUUUUGAUGGAACCAUGUGGUAAUGCUCCAUCACAUGUUUUAAAUCUAUUACACAGUGAAUAUUGAACUGAAGCUUGACUUAAAAAAAUGUAAUCGCAAAUCAAAUCGCAAUAUCUGUCAGAAAAAUCGCAAUUCAAUAUUUUCCCCAAAUCGUUCAGCCCUAAUGGGAACAUGCAGCUACGAGCUGGGCACACGAGGGCAGUGCAGCAAAAACUAUUGUUGUGUACAGUACUGUACUUUAAUGCCCCCUAGUCUAUGCUGCCUGCCUUCACCGACCCGUACCGUAAUGCAUUUGGUCAAAUAAUAUCAAUAAUUCUAGAUUUGAAGCUUUCG